GAGAGAGAGAGAGUGAGAGAGAGAGAGUGAGAGAGAGAGAGACAGAGAGAGUGUGUAUCGUUCCUCAGUCUCAGCUCGGUGAGCAUCUCCACAGGGCGGCUGCUACAAAACCUGUAGCUAGCGGAAGAGAAAAAUAUCAGAAGUGUUUUUUUGUGGGGAAAAGAAGAAUUUUAAGCACAGCUGCUCUCGAUCUGGCCGUGUUAGAGAUUUAACCGGCCGUUUCAGCACCUCGAACAGCGCACACAAUGGCUCCUGUAAGCGCGGAACAAGGGCACGUCGCAGAGGUCCCAAUGAGUGUGGCCGUAGUCAGCGUCUUUGGUCUUGUCUUCAGUGUUUCUGCCUUCACCUGGAUUUGCUGUCAGCGCAAGACAAACAAGAGCAGCGCCAAGACCCCACCAUACAAAUUUGUCCACAUGCUCAAGGGUGUGGACAUCUACCCCGAGAGCUUAAAUGACAAGAAAAAAUUUGCUGGAGAGAAGACACCAGACCCAGCACAAGGAAAGGCAAGCCCAAGUCCCACCAGCGGGCGCCCAGCACUUCACCUCGACCUGGAAAAACGAGACCUGAAUGGGAACUUCACAUUUGUACCACCUGUUGCCCAUCCCAAAGUGCAAAGCUCCCCAGAUUUGGACAUCCCUUCCCCACACCCUGGCUUCAAACAGGAGGAGGAAACCUCAGAGAGCAAUGUCUCCAGCCAGACGCCUACACCAGCUGUGGACAAGGCCCAGGACAAGGAUAGUGGCGUAGGCACACUCUCCUUCUCGCUCGAGUACAACUUUGAGAAGAAGGCCUUUGUUGUGCAUAUCAAGGAGGCGCAUGGCCUGUCUGCCACUGAUGAGCAGUCCCUGACCUCUGACCCUUACAUCAAGCUCACUCUGCUCCCUGAGAAGAAGCACAAGGUGAAGACGCGGGUGCUCAGGAAGACCCUCGAUCCGGCAUUUGAUGAGACCUUCAGCUUUUACGGCAUUCCAUAUGCUCGUGUCCCUCAGCUGGCUUUGCACUUCAUGGUACUGAGCUUUGACCGGUUUUCUCGUGAUGAGGUCAUUGGAGAAACGCUCGUUCCAUUGGCUGAUGUUGACCUCGCCGAGGGGAGGGUCCUAAUGAGCCGUGACAUCAUCAAGAGGAAUGUGAGGAGGAGUGCAGGAAGGGGAGAGCUGCUACUGUCUCUAUGUUAUCAGUCGACUACCAGCACCCUCACUGUGGUGGUUCUUAAGGCUCGCCACCUGCCCAAGACGGACCACAACGGACCCUCAGACCCCUACGUGAAAGUGAACCUGUACCAGGGCAAGAAACGUGUCUGCAAGAAGAAGACUCAUGUAAAAAAGUGCACACCAAAUCCUGUCUUCAACGAGCUCUUCGUCUUCGACGUGCCUUCAGAAGAGGGAUUGCGGGACACCAGCGUGGAGCUUCUGCUUCUUGAUUCUGAUAGGACGGCACGCACACCUGUCAUCGGCCGCCUCCUCCUGGGCACGUCCUCCCCGGGCACCGCUGGCGAGCAUUGGCGUGAGAUCUGUGAUCACCCACGGCGACAGAUUGCCAAGUGGCAUGCGCUGGCCGAAGACUAGCUCAUGACACAUGACAUGCUCAAGAACUGUCAGAAUGCUAAGGAAUUGAAGUGGGACUUCAGGGGUUUAGGGGACUUAUUAUGAGCGAUGUCGUCUGUUGGCUAUGUAAUUAAGAUGGGGCUUCCUCCAAAGGGGAGGAGCCAACUGUGUCCAGCCAAUCAAUGAUUCCAAAGACAGUCUGUGACAAUGCUUCUCUUCAUACUUCAUACGAUAUCUAAUUGGUCACCACAUUGUGCAGUUCCAAUUGUCAUGUCUCUAUCGCUGUUCGCUGCUCAAUAUCAAUAUCAAUGUAUGGAAAAAAAGUGAAAAAAAAAAAACACAAAACAGUCAUUCUGAAUAUAUAUGUAAAUAUAUGUGGAUGAACCUUAUAUUUUGUAAAGGCCUUUUAUUUGAUCAAAUUUCAUUCUCUUUUAACAGAAUUAUUCUCUUUUUUUGUACUCCAUUUAUUGAUUUUGGUUCAGGGUAUUUUGCCUGUGUUUUUGUAAGUUAAAGUGGCCGGUCAUAUCUCAUAUUUCAGCUAUGUGGAGGUAGCCUAAAUUAGGCCAACCUUUAUGAAUGAUGGACUGCAUGAACUAAAGACACCUGUUUGUAUGGGAGCCCUCUGUCUAUAUGUGUGUGAGUGUGUGUGAGUGUACAGUAUGUAUGUGAGUGUGUGUAUGUGUGUGUAUAUGUGUGUGUAUUCACUUCUGAUUGGAGAGAGAGCUCUCUUUACAGUGAGCACAAUGGCAGAAUGUAAUGUACAUGUACCUUAAUAUAAAAUGUUGCAAGUUCAAAGAAAAA